AUGUUGAAGAUUUCCAGAAUUGCCAGAAGAUUCGCCUCUACCAAGAAGGCCGAAGUCCUUGUCAUUGGUGGUGGUCCCGGUGGUUACAUUGCUGCCAUCAAGUCGGCUCAAUUGGGCAUGAACACCGUGUGUGUUGAAGGCCGUGGUGCUCUUGGUGGUACCUGUUUGAACGUCGGGUGCAUUCCUUCCAAGUCGUUGUUGAACAACUCGCAAAUCUACCACACCAUCAAGCACGACUCUGCUUCCCGUGGUAUUGUCGGCACCGAAAACGUCGCUAUCGACUUCCCCAAGUUGAUGGAAGCCAAGGAAAAGUGUGUCAAGGGUCUUACCGGCGGUGUCGAAAUGUUGUUCAAGAAGAACAAGGUUGACUACGUCAAGGGUUGGGCUUCGUUCGUCGACCCCCACAAGGUCACCGUUAAGGGCCUUGACGGUAACGACGUUGAAAUUGAAGCCGACAACAUCAUUGUUGCCACCGGUUCGGAAGUCACUCCCUUCCCUGGUAUCGAAAUCGACGAGGAAAGAAUUGUCUCGUCGACCGGUAUCCUCUCCCUCAAGGAAAUCCCCAAGCGGUUGACCAUCAUCGGUGGUGGUAUCAUUGGUUUGGAAAUGGCCUCGGUGUACUCGAGACUCGGUUCUGAAGUCACCGUGGUUGAAUUCCAACCCGCCAUCGGUGCCGGUAUGGAUGACGAAGUCGCCAAGACCAUCCAAAAGUUGUUGACUAAGCAAGGUCUUAAGUUCAAGUUGAGCACUAAGGUUAUCUCGGGUAAGAGAAACGGCGAUGUCGUUGACAUUGAAGUCGAAGACGCCAAGUCGGGCAAGACCGAACAAAUCGAAUCCGACGUCUUGUUGGUUGCCGUCGGUAGACGCCCCUACACCAAGGGCCUUAACUACGAAGCCGCCGGUUUGGAAGCUGACAACAAGGGUCGUUUGGUGAUUGACUCUGAAUUCAAGACCAAGCACCCCCACAUCCGCGUCAUUGGUGACGUCACUUUCGGUCCUAUGUUGGCCCACAAGGCUGAAGAAGAAGGUGUUGCCGCCGCUGAAUACAUCAAGCACGGCCACGGUCACGUCAACUACAACAACAUCCCCUCGGUUAUGUACUCGCACCCCGAAGUCGCUUGGGUUGGUCAAAACGAAAAGCAAUUGAAGGAACAAGGCAUCAAGUACAAGGUCGGUAAGUUCCCCUUCAUUGCCAACUCGAGAGCCAAGUGCAACCAAGAAACCGACGGUUUCGUCAAGUUCCUUGCCGAUGCUGAAACUCAAAGAAUUCUCGGUGUCCACAUCAUCGGCCCCAACGCCGGUGAAAUGAUCGCCGAAGCUGGUUUGGCUUUGGAAUACGGUGCCUCUACCGAAGACAUUGCCAGAGUGUGCCACGCUCACCCUACUUUGUCGGAAGCUUUCAAGGAAGCUGCUUUGGCUACUUUCGACAAGCCCCUCAACUUUUAA